AAUGGAUUCCAUAUGAAAAUUUUAAAAAAAUUGAGUAUUUAAAUGAAGGCGGAUUUGGUAAAGUUUAUAGUGCAAUUUGGACUGAUGGAAGAAUUCUAGAAUGGAAUGAUCGAACUCAACAAUGGAAACGAAAAGGUAAAAUGAAUGUCGCAUUGAAAAUUUUACAUAACUCAUAUGCCAAAUUUGAUGAGUUUUUACAAGAGCAACUUAUUGUUCGUUGUUGGGAUCGUUCACCAGUCAAUCGUCCAAAUGCGGAUGAGUUAUUUACAACAUUUUAUAAUUGGUGGAAGGAAAAAGAUAGCAAAGAUUCAGAAUUAUAUAAACAAAUCCAAAAAUCAAAGAAAUUUACCAAAAUAAAUCCUCGG